AUGGCAACUCGAGCGGCUGCAUUUUCAUCUAAAAUUCGAGCAUUAAAUGAUUUUUAUAAUAAUAUUGCGACUGGUGUAACACCACUACCUAGUGGAUAUGAUAUUGCUAAUGCUGUUAAAUAUUUCUCUCAAGCUCUUUUGGGAGUCUUGAAAGAAAUGACAAUUGAAUCAAAUCAAGAACAAUCAACUGGUAAACAUUCAUAUCGUAUUAGUAAAUAUCCAACAUUGAAUUAUUCAUCUUUAUAUCAUUCAUUGAUUAAUCUAAUCGAUGUGGUACCAUUAAUACAAACUGGCGAUGUUGCAUUAGCACAAUCAAUUAUCCAUGCACUUGCUUGUUUAGCACCAUUUUUACCUUAUGAAUUACUUGAUGCAUUACCAUAUACAUUUGCAACAACAUUAACUAUAUUUCCAUUUGAUGUUCAUAAAGAAACACUUGAUAUGUUAUGUAAUACACUUUUACCGAUUAAUAUGGCUUAUACGGAAUAUCCUGAACAUUCAAUGACAUUGACUUCAAUAGCAUCAAUUCUUUUUAUUGUUUUUGAAAAUAUUGAUAAUGCCGUAUAUCAUGCUCAAAUUAUGGAAUGUUUAUUAAGUUUAAAAGCGGAUUUAAUUUAUGAUAUUCUCUUUGUCAUUGCACAUGGAGCUGCAUCAGCUAGAGCUGCUGCAUCGAAUUUACUUUUUUUCUAUUGGCCUAUGUUAAAUCCGACUGGAGUUGAUCGACGUUCCAUACAUUUUAAAUUUAUUCCUCGAAAACCAAUCAUAUGUCAAACAGAACGAUGUUUAGAACGAAGAAAUAUAGCAUCAAAAGUUUGUGUUAAUAUACUUUUAUCAAUACAUGGUCAUGAUACACCACCUCCAUUAUAUAUGUGUACUGAUUGUUAUAAAAAUUCUUCCAAAGAUAUUCAAAAAUAUUGUCGUAAUGUUCUUUGUCCUGUAUCAGAAAUUGAUUUACAUUGUCAAAAUAAAUUAUGUAUCUCAGAAAAAAAGAUAACACACGCUGUUUGUUAUUCAAUUGAAUGUUGUUUAUCAAAUGGUAAUCAUCCGAUCAGUUUAUGUCGACAAUGUCAUGAACGACGACAUAUUGAUUCAAAUCAUGUUUAUCAAGAAACAUUAAUUGAUAUGUGGCGUUUAUCUGCUGAUGUACAAAAUCAUUGUGUUGAAGCUAUAAUUAGUCUUUUACGUGAAACUGAUAAUACAGAAGAAAAACGUAUUGUUGAUUCAAUGAGUGAUGAAAAAAAAUCGAUUCUUGUUGAAAAUAUUGAUAAUACAACAAAUAUGUUUUUAAGUUUGGAUAUUGAUGUUGGAAGAAAAUUAUUAAGUCGAUAUGGAAU